AGGAAGUAUUGCCCGACGAGCACACUGCACGAACGUCCAGUAGCAUGUCUCAAACACUCGGCAUGCUUGUAGUUGAGGUAGUAGUAUCGUCGGCAACGAGAAAAUCGUCCGCGUUUACCCGCGUGAAGGCUGGCGCACACGUUAGCCAGUGAAAUCGCGCGCGACAGCGCAGGUAAUUUUCGGAUAGAGUCGUCCGGGUUCGUGGGAGUCACCGCGGGAGUUUGAAAAUUGUGGGACAGUUACUGGCAUCGUCGUCCUCUUUGACAUAUCGAGAGUAGCGACCGCGUCGUCGAGACGUGUAGUGGUAAUUGUCGUUGAUCGCGUGAAGUUGGUCGAGUACGCGUAAGUGAGAGAGAAAGAGAGGGAGAAAAAGAGUUAUAGAGCGAGAAACAGAGCAACAGACUCUUCUCGCACUUGUCGUUGGGUUCAAACUCGGGCAGAAGCCGCCGAAAGGUGGUGGGAGAAAAGUUCUCGAGUUCCCACAUUCCUGGCUGCCACAGCUCGCCUGCCUGCCUGCCUGCGUGCGAAAAACGUCAAGAUCCGCUGCUCGGCAUUAGCAUUAAAGCGCCGCGCGGCUAAUGCAACGAGGAAAAGGGAACACGGUGAAACGUGCUCCGGCCGCGCACGGAGCCGGCGAUAGCGCACGUCGCACGAAACGGGUCGCGGGCCAUCGCCGCCGUCCUGCCUCCAUCGCCGCCGUUGCCGCCGCCGCCUCCGCCGCCGCCGCUACCACCACCGCUGCCACCGCUGCCGCGGCUGCCACGAGAGACACGACGUCGCUGUAGCGUUCGGCGCGCGAGCAGGGAGAUCGCGACGGAGCGACGUUCAACGCAGGUCGCGCGCGCGCGAGAGAGCACGAGUCGCAAACAGUCGCGAGCGGCCGUACUGAAGUUCGCCGAGAGAAUCUCUCUGCCGGUCUCUCGCUGCGAUUGUCGAACGAUAGCACGAAGGAUACAGGCAGAUGCGGUGUGCGCCAAUAGUCGAGCUCGUGAGCGCGCGCAGUGCGUACGCUGGGUCUCGGCAGGUACGACGUCCCGAGGAGCGACGUAUCCCGGAAGGUGAGCUACGACCACGAGCUGUGCCGACGAGUUCUCCUCGGAACCGGGCAGAGGAGUAAAUACAAAAGUGCACGGUGGGCGAGGGGUGUAUAUAUAUAUAUAUAUAUAUAUAUAUAAUAUAUAUCUCUCGAGAGAGGAGGUGUGUUGUCCCCGUUCGUUUUUCCCCCCUUUUCUUUCUUUAUUUUUCCGUGGUGCGCGCGAGGGAGAGUCACUGGAACGAAACGAGCGCGAGAUCGUGCCGUCGUACGUAAAGCCCGGGUUUUUCGGUUUGGAGAAAGGGAGAGAAGGAGAGGAAUUCGUGUGCGCGAGUGUCAAACGAAAGAAGGCAACGAAGAGCAGGAGGAGGAGGAGGAAGAGGAGGAGGGGUGCGUGAGGUGCUGCUGGUGGUGAUGAUACGCGGCGUGCACCCGAUCGAUGCACCCGUGCGAGCGCAACACCACGACACUACCGCUGUCGCCACCGCCGUCACUGCCGCUGCUCGCCGCCGCCGCCGCCGCCGCCUCUGGCUGGCUGCUCUCCUCGACGCCCGGUUACGUUAACGGUGGAAUUCCGCUCGAGAGGAAUCUAAAGGCGGGGACUCUGACGUCACUCUGCUCAUGAUAAUGAGUUCUCACGUUGGCCGAGACGAGACGCGCGUGUGUAUGCGGCCCGAGGAGCGUGCGCUCGCGCGCACAAAUAUGCACCCGUCGACCGCACGGAGAUAGAGAGAGAGGUUUUGGAUGGAUCUAGAGCGCAGUGAAAUAUGCCAAGAAGACGGAAUGGGGAGAUACCGCUUCCGGAAGGGUGGGACGUCGCCCAGGACUUUGACGGGAAGGUGUACUUCAUCGAUCACAACACUCGGAAAACUACGUGGAUCGACCCCCGGGACAGGUUCACUAAGCCCCAGACAUUCGCGGAUUGUAUCGGGAACGAGCUACCACUUGGUUGGGAGGAGGCUUACGAUAAACACGUGGGCGCCUACUACAUCAAUCAUGUCAAUCAAACGACGCAACUGGAAGACCCAAGGCAGGAAUGGCGAGCCAUUCAGGAGGCCAUGCUUCGAGAGUACCUGCAGACCGCACAGGACGUACUGGAGGCAAAGAAGGAGAUUUACGACAUAAAACAGCAGAGGCUUUGCCUGGCGCAGGAUGAGUACAAUCACCUCAAUAACGCCCUAUCUACCCUUGGCGCAUCGCGUACAAGUUUGUGUUCCAGCUCAAGUUCCUUGAGUACCAAAUACGAUCCCGAUCUGCUGAAAUCCGACGUGGCACUCGCCAGGAGCAGAGUUUCUCGAUUGAAGCGAGAGCUCGAGCAGAUUCGAGCGGAGAUGAACUGCACGCAACGAGGAGUGGAUACUCUUACUAGCGUGGAGCAAAAAUUGAGCGGCCACCAUAGCGGUUGCUACAAUAUCACGGAAGCGCAGGCGAUCAUGACAGAGCUGCGUAAUAUCCAGAAGUCCUUAAGCUCCGGUGAGAAGGAGAAGGCCGAGCUGAUGCAGUCGCUGGCGCAACUUAAGGACGAACUGACGAGGUUGCAAUUCUGCGAGGGCAGUCCGGAAGCUAGCACGCUCAGUCUGCCGCAGGAGAAGCUCAGCACGGCUUCCCAGACCGACUUAUCGGGCGAGCUGGUGCCGAUCGGUACUCGAUUGGCCGAGAUGGCGCGCAUGAGGUUGCAAUACGACGAAGCGAGGAAGAGAAUUCAGCAUAUUCAACAGCAGCUGGCGGAUCUCGAGGAGAAGGUAAUGCCGGGUCAAACAGAGAGCGACAAAGAUAAAUUACUGCUGUUCCAAGAAAAAGAGCAAUUAUUGAGAGAGCUGCGCAGCAUCACGCCGCGCACGAGGACGCAGCAGGACAUGAAGAGAAUUCAGUGCGAGAUUCGCAGGCUCGAGCAAGACCUCAAUAACGCGUUCGAGCUGUCGAACAAGACCAUCACGGACCGCGUGCGAUUGCACGAAGAGAAACAGCUUCUGUUGCAACAGCUGAGGGACGCUCUACGCUCAAUGGCGAUGUUGGAGGGACAACUGAAGACCUUGAGCGCGAGUACGCUGUCAGUGAGCAGCAGUUCGAGCCUUGGCAGUCUCAGCACUACAAGCAGCAAGGGUUCUCUCAGUUCCGGAUUGAGUUUCACGGAUAUUUACGGCGGCCCACAGUGUUUAAGCACGAGUGGCUCGCAACAGGAGCGACCGGUCGACAUGGUGGACCUGCACAGACGCGUAGAGAGACUGUUGCGAGGCUCCGAGCAACAGAACAACCUGAUCGGUACACCAUCGCCCGGCAGAUCUCAGCCCAGUCUCUCACCGCGCUCGAGCUUAUCCAGCGUGAGCCCUCCGGUGUCUCCGUUGUAUGAAAACGCACCGAUAGGUCCGCCACCUACGUAUGAGCAGGUGGAACUACAAAGGCGGCAGCAUCAGAAGGUGACGCCUACGGCGACAACGAGCAGUGCUGCGCCACACCUGGACGGGAGCCAACUGGAGGACCGUUUGACGGAACUCAGGCUCAGUCAGCAACAGCAGCAACAGGGAGUUGUUUCUCAGGAGCAGGCAUCGUGCUCCUCGAACAAUUCGCAGGAACGUCUGAGGCUCGUGGUCGGUCCUCAUCCGCCCGUCGAGCUGCAGUCGAAUAACAUGUCGCAGGGCAGCGGUCUCGGCAGGCCCGGGAUACAGCUGCCAGCGUCAUUGCCUCAGCAGGAGCCGCCACCCUUGUCACCGAUCAGCGAGACGCCACCACCCACCGGGAUCAGGUCAAGGGCCAGUAGCUCUGGCACCAACACCAGAUCCGUCUCCGCUGCGGUAUCUGACGAGAGUGUCGCCGGUGACUCGGGCGUCUUCGAGGCGUCCAAUCGCAAAAGACUGUCCGGACUCAUCUCCGACGUGGACCUGUUGGCGUCAGGCGAGAUGAGUCUGGAAACGGCGCAAGUGCAGAUCAAACUGAGGUAUUCAGUGAGCGACGGAUUGCUUCACGUUGGCAUCGAACGCGCGAGGAAUCUGGCCGCCCUUUUCAUACCCAAUAACGCGGAAGUAUACAUCAAGGCCGCUUUGCUGCCGAUGCAACUGCCCGUUAAUCACAUGUGUUGCACGAAAGCCGUCGUGGAUCUACGAAAACCAACCUUCGGCGAGACAUUUCCGAUCGCUGUGCCGCUCAAUAAACUGUACACGAAGACGCUGCAAGUGAAUGUCUGGUGUACGAGCAACGAAUCCGAGGAAUGCUUGGGUUCUGCGCAAGUCUCGUUGGCAGACUUCAGCCCAGAAUCUCCUAGCGUCAAAUGGUACAACAUACUCUCCUUCCGUUUCAUGCAACCGUCUGACAGUCCUAGCGCUAGCACCAGCAACAACGUGUCCGCGAAUGUUGCCGUCAGGCAAGCCAAGCACGACAAACAGGAGUCAGAUAUUUCAGUAUAUAGGAACACGCAGAAUACAAAGGAGGAGAGUAGCGACGAGAGCACGAUCAUCAGUUCUCAGACGUCCACCUUGACGAGAAAUCAAGGCUGCGACGAGCUGCAGACUGCUGUGUCGCUGAGAUUGGAGGAGCUGGCCAAUUGUUUGGGCAGUCCGGAGGAGGAAGACGAGGGUGGAGGCAGCGGUAGUGGAAGUGGGAGCGGAGGCAGCAACAACGAGGAAGACAUACCCGAGGAUUUCAUGACGGAAGACAACGUCCUGGAAGACGUUUUGGAGCACGAAGAGGACGAGGAACUGAACGAUGAAACGAGGCAAACGGAAGACAAGGAAACGAACACCGAGUGUGUGUUUAUUCCGGAGCAAGGCAAACAGAGGAAACUAUCCGCGGCCGGCGUUGCGCCCGGCGCCAUUCACGACGACAAGAAUUCCAUCGUGAUCAAAAGGAGUCAGACGUUCUCGCCGAGCGCGGCUGUCAGUAAAAAUCAUUAUAUAUGUCGGCUUAAUCGCAGCGACAGCGAUAGCAGCAUGCCUCUUUAUCGCAAAGGUGGGCCUUUCCAACGAAACUCAGUGGAGAGACGUUCGCUGCGAUGGCGUCGGCCGUCCUCGGCCCUCAGCUGCAAAACCACUUCGAAGAAAUCAUCUCAUCUACCACCCACAGCGAGAACAUCGUUGGACCUCGAAUUAGAUCUCCAAGCGCAACAUGCCAAACUGAAUAAUCUCCAGGACGAGCUCACGAGGUUACGGGAACUGAAGCAACGGUUGGAGCAGGCGCGCGAGAAAGGUGAUGCCGAUUUGGCGACCUGGCUGUUGGAGGAUCACAAGUUCCAGAGUCUCAUGGCGCAGGCCGAGAGCGGCAAGAACGGCAGGAGUGCCGAAGAGAAGAAAGUAGAUAAAAUGCUGAAGAAAACCUCGAAGGAAAUCUACAAGCUGAGGAAAACGAAGGUUGCGAAAGGAAAACCCGAUAUAAUCUCCUUCAAGGAAAAAAUGGCCUUCUUCACGCGCGUGAAUUCGAACGUUCCUGUUCUGCCGCCCGAGGACUUCGGGCCCGACGGCAGUGUAUAUCCGACGAUGGCACAGGCGCAUAUGCACAGGAGGUACGCGUCCGAACCCGUGACCACCACCACUCACAAUAGUUACAUCGGGAACUCGACGACACGGCCGAAUAGCGUUCCUAGCGGCAGUUCCGCGUCGUCCUCGGCCUCGAAGAGUGGUGGUGGCGGUGGUGUGACGGUGGAGCGAAACGCGAGUAACAUCGUUGCGUCGGCGACGAAUGCCGAUGAGGACGUCUCGGUCGUCAGCAACGCCACGAGCAAGUCUGUGUCCGCUAAGAGUCGGUCAGCGGCGGCAGCGGCGGCGGCGGCGACGACGACAACAACAAUGAUGACGACGACGACGAUGAUAACGACGACGACGACGACGACGACGGAGUCGAACGCGCAGAGUUCGGAGAACGGCGAGGACGAGAGCGUCAUCGAGAAGAACAACGGGGAGCCAAAGAGAUAUGAAUACGUGGUUGACCGAGUGUUGGGCGUGGAGGUGUGAGAACCGGAAAGUAGGAUCAUCGAUGUGGAUUCGUCGACGACGAAUCGACUCGCGCGCGCUCAAAGCUACGAAGCUAUGAACUAUAAAAACGGUCCCUUGAUGGCUGUAUUCUCGAGACUUUUGCGUACACGUAAGUUCCAUUGCGCGGCUAUUUUACGUUACGACUGUGCCCGCGCAAAAGAACUUCUACGUAUACACGCCAAAAUCUCGAGAAUAUGGACUACUCUCCGGGUAGCUGAAAUGCAAGGAUAAUCGAACGAUCGCAGCGCGACAGAAUAGCGGCUUCCUAAUUCUCAGUAUCAGGUGCCAUGUACGGAUUCUCACUUAGCACAUUUACCCUCCACCGAGCGCACCUCGUUGCUUUAUUUGCGGCGCGUCUGUGCCAAUGCUGCGUGCUAUAGAAGCGAUCUUCUGAUGGGCGUAAUACACUACGAACGGAUGCGCGAACGCGCAUUGUGUAUGUGUAUGUGUACGUAUAUACGUACACAUACGUACACGCAUAUAUAUAUAUAUAUAUAUAUAUAUAUAUAUAUAUAUAUAUAUAUAUAUAU